AUGAGCAGCAAGAUGUUCGAUAUAAAGAGUACGCAUCACCCAGGUAAUCUGCUUCCCAACAGUCUCACUGAGGUUCUUGCUCAUUGGGGCUAUCAACACAAUCCUUUUCCUGGAGAAGAUGCUGUUCUUCUCCAGAGACUUGCUGCCUUGGCUUUGCAGAAGCAAGGGCUUAUGGAUGAGCAGCUUGUUUACCUGAGGGAGAUGGCGGAUACGAUCAACACAGCAUGA